AUGAAAUUGACACUUGUCAUCGUUCUCAUCGUCACUUUUUUCGCAACUAAUGCUUCUUCUUCUUCUUCUGCCGCCGACGACGAUGAUUGCAAAGACACGAGUGAUAAGUGCGUUUAGUUUUGCGGCUCCCACGCAAAGUAUAUUGUCCACUUUCCAGAUGCGUCGACUGGGAGAAGCACGGCUUCUGCGAGAACUGCUAUUAUAAGUGUGACGAUCGUAAAAAGUACUGUUCGAAGACGUGCGGAUUCUGUGGCGACAAGCCGGUGGAGUGCAAGGACUGCACACCGACUACCGUAUCCACGACGCCCGCGCCGUGCUUUGACGCCGUCGAUAGGUUAGCCUUAUGUUUGAAAGCCUAUAUCUUGUGAACCAGAAGUCUUCUCAAAAAGUGAUCAACUAGAAAGUUGUUGGAAAUGUUGUCCCCAACAAGUUUGUAGUUGACCAUUUUGCCUGAAAAUGUUUGCUUUUCAAGUUAUGACUGAGAUAAGUGAGCAGUUUCAGUUGCAAGCACUGGAAAGAGAAAGGAUUCUGCUCGAACUGCUUCUACAAGUGCGCGGAUCGCGUGAAGUGGUGCGCGAAGACGUGCGGCUUCUGCUCUUCCGAUAAAUGUGUAGAUUGCGAUAGAACCGCCCAAUUCUGGAGUCUUCUGAGCGUCGAGAACGAUGGCGUCAUGACUGAUUUGGUUCGAUGA